CAUGUGCUACUUUUUGUUUAUCAAUUCGAAUGGUGCACGUUCUUGUUUUUAAAUUAUUUUCAUCAUUUGUAAUAAUUAAAAUUAUUCGAUAUAAAGGAAUAAAAACCUUUUAAUAGUUUUCUAAAGAAAAAAUGCCAAGCAUAACAUCACCUCAGGAAAAAGAGAAAUUAAGAAAAAGAUUACAAAAACUGUUUCAAAGACAAGAAUAUCUAGAAGAGUCUGGAGCCGGUAAGCCUAUAAAAAUGAAAAAGAAUAAACAGCCUAAAAUUAAUCAGAUAAAGGAACAACUGAUCGAGGGACAGAAGAAGCAACAAGUUAAGGGUGAUAAAUUAAAAGAAAAUCAAACAAAAACCGUAACUAAGAACUUAAAGAAACAGCAGCCAGUUCAAAAUAAAAGUUCCACGAUAGAUGACUGCAGCAAACAAAAUGGUUUUGUUAAAAGCCCCAAGAAAACAUCUGUAGAAAAUGAAAAUGUAACGUUUGGAGAAAAUAAAACCAAACUAAAAGUGACUAAGUUAAAGAAUAAACCACAAAAUUUCCCAAUAACAAAGACUGAAAAGGAAAACACUAAAAACUCCCCCACAAAGCAACAAAUUAAAGCUAAAAGUACAAAAAUAGUUGAACAAGAAAAAUUGAAUAAAGUCAUGAAUAAAAAGACGAAUGCUAAAAACUCUCCUAACACCAAAACAAAAAAUGUAGAAAAAACCAAUAACAACAAAAAGGAUUCGAAACGAAAAGAAAAAGAAAAAGAGAAGACCAGUAAAAAUAAUAAGCCAUUGCAGCAAAGUCCAUCACAGAAAGGAAUUGAAAAGAAAACGAUCACUACGAACAAAAAGCAGUCAAGCCAAAAUCCGCCAAAGCAAGAGAUGGAAAAGGAAACUAUUAGUAAGAAUAAAAAGAAAUUAAAGCAACCACAACAGCAUAAAAUUGAAAAGGAAAUGACCAAUAAAGUUAAAAAUGAUUUAAAACAAAAGCCUAAAACUGCAAAGGAAAAUGUGAAGAAAACAUUAGCAGAGUCCACUAAUAAAUCUCAACAAAAAUCUCAAGUUCAACAACAAACUCCCAUAAAAAAGAAAAAUAACUCCACUGGUAAUAAUGUUGAAACUAAGAUGAAUAACAAUCAAAAGAAGAAAGCCAAGAAACGUGCUGCUUCGGAAAACUCAUUAAAGGAAGAGGAUACUAUUACAACAAAGAAAAAACCCAAAUUGGCAAAUGCAUCUAAGGAGACAAAGCAAAAUACUAGUAAAAAAUCCAAUCAGAUAAAAGUCAAGAAACCUCAAGACAAGAACAUUACUCAUGUCUCGUUAUGCUCUAAUUUACAGAAUGAAUUAGAUGAUGAUAGUGAAGCUGAAGAUAAAUUCGAUAUUAAUGGCAUGACAGGCUGCGUAAUGGGUGGUGAUUUUGAUACAGACAAUGAGGAAGAAGAUGAUAUGGAAUGGAACUAUUGGAAUAAAGAAGAAAACAGUAGCUAUGAGGAAGAUGAUGAUGACGAUGAUGAUAUUAGUAUAAUGGAAAUAAAUUCCGAAGAUUUAACGCCGGAAGAAGCAUUUAAUGGAGAUUCCCAAACACAACUAGAACAAUAUGAAAAUAAUGAAUCUAUGGGUAGUGAAGAGGAAUAUUACGAUAGUGAGGACUAUGAUGAUUACUAUAGUGAUUCGGGGGAUGACGAGGAAGAGGAGGAGGAGGAAGACUAUUCAGAUUUUGAUGAAAAUGAUUAUGAAGAGGAUGAAGAUAGUUAUAAUUAUUCAAUGGACAGUGAAGAUGAUUAUUCUUCAAAUUAUAACAAUAGCUCGUAUGAUUUCCAUGAUGUAGAAGAUGAUGAUGACUAUGAGUUGCCGAAACAUAUUCCUGAAGAUUUGAUUAUACAUAGAGGAACAGCCACCAAACAUGACUUAAAACCCGAACAUAAUGUAUCCUUUGAUAGUGAAAACGAAGACGCCCAAAUAAUUGAGAUUGAAGAACAGAAUACAGUUAAAAUUAUAAACCAGCCAAAGGGAUAUGAAAAAGAAGAAUUAUUAAAAUUAAAAUACGAAGAGAAAUCUUUAAAAACACUAACAUUCCACAAAAAGGAGGAGACAAUAACAAGAGAAACAACAAUAAACAGUGACACGGAAGAUUGUCCAAAACUAGUGCCAAUAGUCGAUGAAGAUGGCUUUCAAUUAUAUAAUCCAAAUGAAGAAACAGAUGAUGAAGAUGAUGGAGAAGUAGAAGAUGAAUUAGAAGAGGAACAAAAUUACGAUGAUGAAUCAAUGGAAGAGUAUGAACAUAACGACGAUAUGGAUGAUGGAAGUCUUGGUAGUGAAUAUACUGAAAUAAAUUCCGACGAUGCUGAUUCUUUGCUAUCACAAGAUAUCAAUGAAAAGUAUCUAAAUAGAGGCCCAGAUGACACUGAAAGUGAUUAUAGUAUUGAUGAAAAUAUUUGGAAUAAAAAACAUAAAGUUGAUGUAAUUGAUGCUACCGGUUAUGAAUGUGAAAGAAAGGCUGAUAAAACCGAAGAUCACACUGAUAUUAAAUUAAAUGAUGAUAUCAAACAAAUACCUUCUUUAAAACUUUAUGAAAAUGUGGACUUAAAAACUAAAAGCAGUAUUUUAAGUACAACGAUUAUAAAUAAGAAGUUAUUCCAAAUGUUGGAUGAUGUAAAAGAAAAUAAAAUUAACAUACUAACUAAUAAAUCAACUAAAGAAAGAAGUAAUCUAAUGGAACAAGAAAUGCAAGUUGAAACUGAACCUAAACCUAUAGCAGUUAAAGAAGCAAAUGUCGAAGAAAUUCAACAAAAUGUUAAGAUAUUAGAAGCACAAGAAGAACAACAGCCCAACAAAGUGGUGAAAUCUACGGGACAAAGUCUAGUUGACUAUAAAACAAAAUUUUUUAAUGCUUUGGAUUCCAAUUCGGUAAUAGUUUUACUUAAAGAUCCUUUUUAUUUAUACGGCACCAUACGUUUAACUUUAUUAGCUGGUAAUGUGCAAGUCUAUGGCCAUGAUCUAAAAGUAAAUUCGGAAGUUGAAAUAUUUUCUCCUAGAGGCUGUAGUCAAAUAGAAAUUUCACCCUCUAGUGUAAGGAAUAAACAAAACAAGGAAAACUUGGAGCAAACAUUAAAAUCAUUUGAACAACAUUUCGCUUUAAAUGAUUUGAAAGCCAUAAACGACAACUAUCAGCAUGAAACUGAUGCUGUAGUUUUGCUUAAACGCAAUGAGGGCAGGAAAAAAUUGGUACAACAAUUUAAAAAAUUCAUGAAUGAAAAUGUCUUUCCUAACAUUAAUAACAUCAAUAACGAACGUCCACUUUAUAAUACGGAAUAUCUAUUGCGUUGCAUGAUUAACACUUCGGUGCAGGAACAGAAAUGUUUACGUUUGCCCCAACAGUGGCAGCAAAUUAAUAUAACUAAUAAAUCUCGUGUCAUGCUGGUUGGUGGUAAAAGUGUGGGCAAAUCUACGCUUUUAAGAUACUUGAUCAAUCGUCUUUUGCCACAAAAAGUACUUUUAAUUGAUUUGGAUAUAGGACAACCCGAAGUGUUUGUACCUCAAACAGUUUCAUGCACCGUAGUGGAACAACCCCUAUUAGGUCCCGGCUUUAUGCUUAAUAUGCAGCCAGAAAUAUCCUUUGCCGUGGGACACACCAAUAUAGCUUUAUGUGCUUAUAAGUAUAUGGCAGCAGUACGUGCAUUGAUUGCUCACUGCAAGAGCCAAGAAGCUUACAACAAUAUGCCCUGGUUAAUAAAUACAAUGGGUUAUAAUAAAGGUUUUGGCUUAGAGCUUAUUUCAGCUAUAGCCCAAGAACUCCCCCUAACCGAUCUAAUACAAUUACAAAGUUCUAAGGAGAUUAAUAAUUUUGAUAGCAUUUUACAUGCUCAUGUUCUGAGUCAAGUGCCGCGCAUUAUGUUCUCAGAGCAAGAUGGAGAGAUACCAAAUUAUCGUUUACACGUUUGGCAAUCGGCUGUUCAACAAGAAUCACGUUAUCAAAAGGAAUGGGAGAUGAGUGCCAAAGAUAUACGUUAUGCCAUGCUAUUGGCCCGUCUAAGUCAAGCGCUCCAGGGUCAUGCGGAAUGGUUAACAGAUAUUAAACCUUUAAGUGCUUCUUUAAAUGAAUUAAAAAUUGUCAAUCUCAUGGAAAAUAACGGCUUCGUGUCUAAGGAAGAGUUGGCUAAAUCAGCUGAAGCAAAUCUAGUCUAUUUGUGUCAUCAUCAGGAUGAUGACAAACCUUUAAAAUGUCUAGGCAUUGGUGUUGUAAGAGCCAUUGAUUUCCAUGUUCAGCAAGUGUAUCUUAUACCCGCUCUACCUUACAACCAACUAAAAGAGGUUAACUGUUUGGCUUUAGGCGAAAUGCCUUUACCCACUUCAAUUUUUACUAAUCAGGGUUGGCGAGUCAAAAAUACAGCUCCAUUUGUUUAUAAUACCAUAGCAGCGAAUGCUUCAAAAGCGAUUAAACAAAUCUAUCAUCGUCCACGUAAAUUUCUGACGGGCAAACAUAAAACGUUAGAUUGAAAAGUUCCUCUUUUUUACUUUUUAGUUAUUUUUUUGUUUCGUUUUCUUUUUGUAAGGAAUAUAUUUAAUUUAUUAAAUAAAAAACAAUUUUAAUUUUUAAAAUUAAAAA